GUGUGUGUGUGUGUGUGUGUGUGUGUGUGUGUGGGUUGUAACUGACAUAAACACACGUGCAAGCGUUCGUUCAUCACUUCAGCAGUGUGUCAGCUGACUGAACCACUUUGCCAAGAUGCUCAUUGAAAACUCCACCACCGUGACCUUGAACUCCACCGUCCCGGCCCCUGGAGGUCGGGGCGGCUGUCCUCCAGUCGGGAUUCAGCUGGAGGGCGUCAUCCUCCCUCCGGUCAUCACCAUUGAUGUCAUCCUGGGGCUGCUGGGAAACACAGUUGCUUUGUGGAUCUUCUGCUUCCGGCUGAAGGCCUGGAACCCCAACAACAUGUUCCUCUUCAACCUGGUUAUCGCUGAUUUCCUGGCUCUAGUUAGUCUGCCGCUGAGGAUUGAUGCCUUGCUUAAGGGCCACUGGGUGUUUGGAGACGUCUUAUGUCGGCUUAACCUCUUCCUGAUGUUCUCUAACCGCACAGCCAGCAUCGCCCUCAUGACCGUGGUGGCGGUCUACCGAUACUUCAAGGUGGUGCAUCCUCAUCACCGCUUCAACCGUAUAACUCGGAGGCAGGCUGUGUAUGUGUCCAUGUUUGUCUGGGUGUUGGUGAUCAGUCCACGGAUUCCCAUGUUGGCAUACAGCCACAUUAAGGGCAGCGGCACCAACACCCAGUGCUUCUUCUUCACUUCUUACAAAGAGGCAUCACAGGCCAUCAUUAUCCUGGUCGGUAUGCACCGCAUCCUGACGGUGUUUGAGUUUUUCAUCCCGAUGGCCAUGCUGCUGUUCUGCUCCAUCCGGAUCUCUAGAUUCCUGAAGGGUCGACAGAUGGGCAAUCCUAAGAAGAUCCGAAAGGCCAUGCGGGUGUGUAUAGCCAUUGUUACAGUGUUUAUGGUGUGCUUUUUACCCACCACGCUGACCACCAUCGGGCUGUGGGUAAACCGCUCAUACUAUCCGUGGGACUGCAAAUCCUUCUACAUUCUCACCCAGCUCACCAUCGUGUCUUUGGGCCUGAACUUCCUGAACUCAGCAUUAGAUCCCAUCGUUUACAUUUUUUCCAGUGCCAUGUUCAGGAAGGCCCUGUGCAGCGCUUUACCGCGCGUCCUUCGCUGUGGAAAGGACGCAAAGGCCGAUGAAUCCUCUACGUCGACAUCUGGAACUCAGUCAACCUCGCAACAUGAACUGAAAUCCAUGACGGCUGACAGAGGGAGUGAAGAUCUAGAAUAAACUUCUCCGGGACUGUAAUAAUGAUAACAGAAGCACAUUCAUCUGUCUUGUUCUUUGCAAACAAAGACAGCAUUUAAAUACGUUGGCUAACGCUGGGUUUUUCUAUGUUAGCAAAUGCUUUGAGUACCAGACAUGUCAUAAAGGGCUAGAUCAGAGUUUAGUUGUUACAUUUAUGUUUGCUUAAGGGAAAUAAAAAUACACUUUGGAAACAGCAACAUUUUUAUGGCAUUAACUGGAUUUAUCAGUGAUGAUAGAAACCAUGAGAUAAAUGAUCCAUGUUGUGAAUCUUGACAGCUUUCCAAGAUGAGAAAAAGACAAAACAAAUAAACAAACAAACAAAAAACCCAAGAAAAAAAAGAACAUGUCCAGA